CCAUUAUUUUACAUGGAACAGUUGGUGCGCGCGUGAAGAUUCAGGAACGACUGAGCCACAUAACGACUAUAGUUUUGCAAUAAGAACAUCGAAACCAAGGGAGCCGAGCUACCUUCUUUUUUUUCUUUAACCCGUGCUUCCUCUCUUGGUUUUAAUCGCUUCGUUCGGCCCUGUUCGGCUCUUCUCGUAAUGAUUAAUCCAAAUUAGCGGCUUGGAAAAAGCUUUUCUCUUUGAAAAAGCUUCGCGGGUGCGAUUACAAAGAAGAUAGCCGAGAGAAAAGAAGGGACCGAAUAUCACCGAAUGUGACACUUGGUGACGACGAGUCGAACGCGGUUCAACCAUGGGCAGACGAGAGAAUCGCCCCCUUUCUAUCCUCUGCACCCUUCGCUUACAAGCAAUCAUGGCUGCCUAAUACACGGCGCUCAGUAUCGACCAAUUUUCUACCGUAAUAUGCUUUAGGUAUCCCGACCAUUCUACCACUUUGCAGCCAAGGAAUGUAGGCGACGAAAGUACAGAUCAGAAUAACAAUAUAACUAUGACGAGCGAGGAUUUACUACAGCCUGGCCAUGUGGUCAAAGAACGUUGGCGAGUCUUUAAAAAAAUAGGAGGCGGUGGAUUUGGUGAGAUUUACGAAGGCCUAGACUUAAUAACCAGGGAGCAGAUAGCGUUAAAAGUUGAAUCAGCUCGUCAACCAAAGCAGGUUCUCAAGAUGGAGGUAGCAGUGUUGAAGAAACUCCAAGGUCAAGAACAUGUAUGCAGAUUUAUAGGAUGCGGUCGUAACGAUCGAUUCAAUUAUGUUGUAAUGCAGCUGCAAGGAAAAAAUUUGGCAGAAUUACGCCGGGCCCAGCCACGAGGUUCUUUCUCAUUAUCCACUACUCUUCGUUUAGGACUUCAAAUUUUAAAAGCAAUAGAAAGCAUACACUCCGUUGGAUUCCUUCACAGGGAUAUCAAGCCAUCAAAUUUUUCAAUUGGACGACUUCCACGAGAUUCGAGGCUAGUUUAUAUGUUAGACUUUGGUCUAGCUCGUCAAUUUACAACUGGCACCGGUGAAGUCAGGCCACCUCGUAGCGCAGCAGGAUUUAGAGGAACCGUCCGGUACGCAUCGGUGAAUGCGCACAAAAAUAAAGAAAUGGGCAGACACGAUGAUCUCUGGUCUUUAUUUUAUAUGCUGGUAGAGUUUGUCAAUGGGCAACUUCCAUGGCGAAAGAUAAAGGACAAAGAACAGGUUGGCCUCAUGAAAGAGAAGUACGAUCAUCGAAUACUUCUGAGGUAUCUUCCCCCCGAGAUUCGAGUAUUUUUAGAACACAUUCAGAGCCUGGAAUACGCUGAUAAACCAAAUUACGCGAUGCUAGCUGGUUUGUUUGAACGUUGCAUGAAACGUCGAGGAAUAAAAAUGAACGAUCCAUACGACUGGGAGAAGCCAUCGAGAUCCAACGAAAGCUUACCCACUACCAAAUCUCUACCCACAGUUACCGUACCCCCAGUGUUGACUACAGCGACUACUAUCAAUCAACCACCAACCACGCCGAACGUUGAUACGAACAAUCAAGAGAACGUCGAACCCGAUAACAGAAAGGAAUUAGAUGCGCAAAUGGAUUACGAAAGUAUAUGUAGAAGAAAUAAACAACGCGGUGUAGAAGGAUCAUCCGUACCAUUUACAUCAGCUAUCAGUAAUCAUGGCCGUGAUAAGAACUGUAACGCUACGAUACCUACGAUGGACAAUACUCAUCAGCAAACUGGACAACAAACUCAAGAUUCACCGAAGAAAAGACGCGCCGUUUCGAUGGCCGCUGAACCACAGACCGGCACGGUUACAACAGAAAAACGAGUGGACAACGAAGGAGACGCGUUAAUGGCAUCCGCUCGUUCCGCAUCGGAUGUUCCUCGCAACAAAGUUGGAGCGAAUGCCGCGGCACCGCUACGAAAAUCUGCCAGUGGUGCGACAUUCGCUCGAUUGCGCGUUACGCCUGCACCAGCUGAAACAGCACCCGGAGAACCGCCCAGUCCUCGAGUACAAACCGAAGUCGAUGCUUCUUACUGUUCCUACGACGUGACUAAUCCAAAAUACGUCGGCAAUCAAAGUCCCGUUACCGAGCAGAGGGAACCGCUGAAAAGAGAAACGCGAAGAAGAACGGAUGGAAGGCAACAGACAAGAGCCAGUCGUGCCGCGAUACGAGACUGUUCCAUCACUCAGUUUGCGCAAAUAGACGACGACAACGUGUCCGCGUUGCAACAAGUAACCAAGGGUGGCGGUGGUUUAACAUUGGCUUCCCAAUGGAAGUCGCAGUUCGACGAUUCCGAGGAGACCGACAACGAAUGGAAAGGAGAAAACUUGCAGAGUCCCGAGCACAAAGGAACCGCUAAUAUACCGGUUAUAGCUCCCCAGUCGACAGUUGUCAGUGAUGCUGUGACUACCGCAACUUCAGUGCCUGCGUCUAACGAUGCGAAAACAACAGUGGCUCAGUCGACUACUCCAAUCGCGACUCAUCAACAUUCGAUAAUACCGACUGCUUUAUCACGCAUAAGCGAAGACUCACCGAAACCCACGACACCUCACAGAUGUUUGAACAUUGCCGGUAUCGAAAAGUAUCCGGACCUUCAAGGGGCACUUCCCCGCGCUUGGAGCGUACCAGCUUUGGCGCCGCACGUGCGCGCUUACCUCGAAGCGCCGUUGGUUCAACAAGCCGCGUUCGACGAUUUACUGUACGAAAUCGACGUAAUGAGAAACAUUGCGUCGCGGUACGACGAACCGCGUCAAAGUCCUUCACCUCGCAGAGCUAGCGUACCGGCAGUCGCUUUUUCGCCACCUAACACGAUACCGAGCACGCCUGGAGGCGAAGAGGAGGAAGAAGCGGUAGCAGGAAGAUUGGAGAUUAGGGUAGUGGACGCGACGGGUGGUGCGACCGUUGUUCAAACCACCGCGGAUAAAGAACCAUUGCAAAAAAAAAUGACAAAUGGUACCACGGAUGGUCCAGCUAGCCCUAAUCCAGGCUGCGAAGAACCAUCGGUAUACGACGAUGCCGUCGAAAAUCGGGUACCCGUCGAUGCGGUCGUGCAUAAGGAGAACAGUACUGUCACUUCCCCGGCUACCAUACCGAACACGGUACCGCUCCGUGAAUAUAAGGACAAUAAAGAAAAGGAGGCACCUUGUAGGACUCACAAUACUAUCAGUAAAAUUCCGAUCCCGGUUAAAAGUCCUCGAUGUUCGCUAUCUGAAUCUACUCUAGAAACGAAUACUCAGAAUACCAGGAGUGGCGUGGGAACUGAAGUAGACAAAUCGUCCACACCCGCGGCUAUAACCAGGGAAAAAGAUGCUACUAGCAAAGGCAAACCCUUGACAGUGGAGGCAUUGGCAUUACGACGCUGCGUGACUUUACCCGAUGCACGGCCGACCUAUUCACCCUUAACGUCGGCUAAUUCGACAGAAGAUGAAAAUCUAACCGGAUGCACGCCUGCGUUACGUCGACGAAGACAAAGCGAAAAAUACGUGACCGACUCCAGUCAACUGAACCUGCGGUUCCAGAGACCGCAACGUCGAGUCAGGCCGAAUUCCGAGGUAUUGUCUGGAUUCUCACCGAGAGGCGUACCCUCGCAUCUCCUCGGAGAGGCAGCUAAGCGAACCGAAGAAAGUAGCGAUAACGAUUCAGAUAGUAGCGGCCCGACGAAUGCUCAACCUCCGCCACCUCCUACGUCUCUGCCACCUCAUGUUGCAGAAAAUAACGCUAGAUGCCGCAGAUUUCGACCUAUACCAGACGCGACAAUAAUCAGCAGAGAAUCGUGAGGUAUAGCAUUUAUGGGAACGAAAGUAAAUCCUUCUUUAUAUGUCACGAUCGGCAGAAGCUUGGCGGUCUGCUCGUUCGAAUAGCACCGGGAAGCCUUUCUUUCUGUACGAGAAAGUAUCAAGUUGUCGACGAUUCGAGUCAAUGUCUUGUUAUAAAAUCUUAUCAAGACUUUCGUCGGGGGAGAGAGAGAGAGAGAGAGAGAGAGAAAGAGAGAGAGAGAGUUAUAGAAAAAUCUUGCCACGGGAGGAACAACCGUUGCUUUUCUUUUAUCGGUAAAGCAAUUCUCGGUUUAUGCGUGUUGUUGUGUCUUCAAGGGAAAUCAGUACCGACUCGGUGAAUACCACGAGAUAUCGAUCUUGUAAGAGUCUGUACGUCGAACGAACUGAAAACUCCUAACAUGUAAUUAUCUAUAUACGCAUAUUUAUUUUUAACGCAAAACUCUGUUGUAAAAGACGGUUGUACGAAUUGGUGGUGCUUCAAAGAUUAUAUUUCCUAGUCUAUAAAUGUAUCCGAUGAUACGAUAAAUACUAUUUAAUGUUUAACGCGUUCGUUGCGGCUCACGCGCCUGAUACGCGAGGCUCCUUCGUUAUUAUUUCCUUCUCGGCUAAUACCGCAACGAGCGCGUUAAGUCGUACACGUUACCAAGUUAAAAGAACGAUGCGGAUCGUUUACGGAGAGAAAAAUUUUGGGAGAGUAGUACCGUUAACCAAAGGGACGUAUUCUUCCUUCGCGUAACUUCGUCGUCUCUCUAUUAUCGCUUCUUUAAUUUGUAACUUUAAACGUUGCCCCGUCCCGCUCGAAUAUUUUUUUAUUUUCCCCGCGAUCACCGUGUUCGUAUUUAUUUCUUUAUUAUUUAUAGAUUGAAAUCUCGUUGUCCAAUAACGACGUACGGUAAAUCAGAAUUGUAUUUGAUAUUUUCUUUUUUUUUUUUUUUUUUUUCAAUCAUGAAAACGAUCAUUGCGCUUCGUGCAAAGAUUUAAAUAUUAGUUUCAGGCAAACGUUUUUUAAAGCAGACGUUGCAACGAGUCUCUUUAAAGAACCACCACGAUCACCAGCAGAUCUUAAAAAGUUAUGAAAAGAAUCGAUGCGAUAAAAAAUAAGUUAUGUUUUUAAAAGAAAAAAAAAAAGAAAAUGUAUCUCGUCCGAAUUAUCGUUUUGUGGGCGUGUAACGUGUUAGAAAAUCACUUAUACUAAGGUUGUCAAGAGGGACGAUAUGUCCAGUUAAGAUCUCGUCAACGUAAGCAAUUGAGUUAGAACGAUUGUUAUCAGAAUUUAAACGAGAAAACGAUAUAAAAAGUGAAUAAGUACUCGAAGAAAUUGCUAUAGCUAGAUUACGUAUAAUUACAUAUUUGUCUUGCACUUCCCCGGUAACGCGAUUUUUUCAGACAGUUACAAGUCCGCAGUCGAAAGAAAACCUAGUGAUACAUAAAACUAGUCAAGUAGAAUCCUCUAGUAUUCUAUUGAUGAAACCAAAUUCGCGUAUAGAGUUAUACAUACUGUACUUGUACAAAGUAGUUAAGGGUUUAUUUUGUGCAAUGAUCGAAUUAACGUUAACAAUACGAUGAGAUAGUUUUAAGUUGACGCCGUGAAACAUUGUUUCGCGAUAUAACAAAAGUAAAAGUAAAGAAAUUAAAAUAAUAAUGAUAAAAAUACAAAAGAAAGAAAGAAAAAAAAAAAACAAAACGAAGAAAAGAGAAUGUGCAGUAUGCGCAAAAACAGAAUAUACCGAGACGUCGUAGACGCCAGCAAACAACAGAUUGAUAUAAGCCUGUAAUGAAUGCUCAUCAAUUACGUACGUGUGUACACGCGUCUACGUAUUAUACAUAUAUUAUCAAAUCCGCGCGCUCGUCUUUCGAACUUAAUUAACUGGAAACAAUGCGAAAUCCUUUUUGUGCGAACGUACACAAGUCAUAAAGUUACGACAGGAAAGCGCAAGCAAAUAAACUUUUUGUGUAAAUCGGUAACGAACUUGUAAUCAAAGAUGAAAAAUGUACGUUUUGAAUGUAAACAAACACGCAUAAUACAGCUCAUUGGACGUAUUCUCUAAUUUAGAUUUGUAAUCUAAAAGCAUCGUAGGUUACUUAUAUCAUUCACUUUGAAAGUUCGCACCUUCACAACAAUAAAGAGAAAGUGUUUCGUUUUCGAAA